CUUAAUUUAGCUAGUUCUGUAGUUACGGAGCAUGCGCAAGGAACAAUCAUUACUACAAAUCCCCGGAUGUUGCAUUUUGAUGCAUCGGAUUUUUAUUCAGAUUGGAUUAAAUUAUCAAUGCUAUGCCUGCAAGUUCUUCUGACAAUAUCUACCAAAUUGAGGAGACUUUAAAGUCGUCCCUUUCUGGAGGUGGAGAUUUAGAUAGUGAUAUUACUUCAUCAUCUAAAAGGAUUCUACUGACCCAGAUUGUAUUCAAACCUGCUGAGAAACCAUAUUCAUUGCAAAUUGAUUCCUUAAGAAAGAAGUACAUCCCCUUAAACCCUUCUCAGAACAAUCAAGAUCGUGGAGAUGCUGAGCAUAAUAAAGAACGUAAAAUGAAUGGUUCCGGAGAUGUUGAAGAUGGUCUUCCUGUACCAAAAGUAGUGUUGUACCCAGAGGAAAACGUCAAGUUGGAAUGGCGGAAGAUUCAGAGGAUAGGUGCUGGUCUGGUCAACAUGGGCAACACUUGCUUUCUUAAUUCUACACUACAAUGUCUGACAUACACAGCACCACUGGUUAAUUACUGCAUGAGUGAUGAGCACAAUUCUUCAUGCAAACAAGCAGGAUUUUGCAUGAUGUGUGAGUUACAGAGGCACAUCAAAAGAUGCUUUGAGAAUUAUGGAAAUGCUAUUAAACCACAGUCAAUUCUUCAAAAGCUUAGAUUGAUUGCCAAACACAUGCAUUGGGGAAGACAAGAAGAUGCCCAUGAGUUUCUACGUUAUCUGGUGGAAGCCUUACAGAAGUCCUGUCAUAACAAUCUAAAUGGAUACGCUAAGUUGGACAAAUUUAGCAAAGAAACAACAGUAGUUAAUCAGAUAUUUGGAGGAUUUCUAAGAAGCCAGGUGCAAUGUUUGAAGUGUAAAGAGAGAUCCAAUACAUUUGAUCCCCUUCUGGACAUUAGUUUAGAUAUCAAGAAUGUACCAACACUAGAGAAAGCUUUUGAAAAGUAUGUGCAUCCUGAGAUGUUAGACAAUGACAACGCUUACAUGUGUACCAAGUGUAAACAGAAGGUACCAGCUCAGAAAAGGUUCUCUGUUCAUAAACCUCCAAAUGUAUUAACAAUAUCCUUUAAAAGGUUUGAUUUCCAUAGAAUGAUGGGUAAGAUUACCAGACAUGUCAACUUCCCAGAAAAGUUAAACAUCAGACCUUACAUGAGUAUAAGACAGGGUGAACCUGUUCAGUAUAGUCUGUAUGCUGUGUUAGUACACUCAGGAGUACAUUGUAAUUCUGGUCAUUACUACUGCUAUGUAAAGUCUCCAAGUCAAGUAUGGUACUGCAUGAAUGAUUCAAUGGUUACCCAGGUCAGUGCUUCUAGAGUCUUAUCUUCUGAAGCUUAUCUGUUGUUUUACAGUAAAGUUAAACCAUCUGCACAGAAACAAAAGCCACAUCUUAUUGGACCAGUUCAACCUAAUAACCACAUUAACAACAAAUUCAGCACAGCUGUAAAUGGAAUAAAAGUUCAUCACAGCAAUGAUGUUGGAAUGCUUGUACAGAGGAAAUCAACUCCAGUCAUUAAACCCCAUACUAGUGCUUCUUCAUCUAUAUCUCACAUAAGUCAUGACACAAAAAGACCGCCAGCCUCCACACCCCUCCCUGCAAACAGGGAAAAAGUAGCCUUUGGAAUCAGGCCGAAACAAAUGAUUAAACCACAUGAUGAAAAUCCAAAGGAAAAACCAAGAAUUGUUAUGCAGAUUAAAAAUGGUAAAGUGACAACUUAUGAAAAAUCUCCCAAUGGAAAGUCAAAGUUGGUUCCCUAUGACGGUGAUAGUGAUUCUGAGGAAGAAACUAGUCAAACUAAAAUGAAUGGUCCUUCAGCAAAAGUACAGAUGGAUAAAAUGAAAGUAGACAAUGAAAGUUCUACAAAACAUAGAAAUGGAAAUGGUGUCAUCUUUGAUCAGAAACUGAAUGCAACAACUUCUGUCCCGGGAAAUCAGCAUUUGUUGGAAACGUCACAAAAAGAGAGCAGAUCCAAUGGUGGGACGAAACAGAAAAAUAAUGGACAUUCACAAAAUAUAAAUACCAGCAGAGAUUUAAUGUCUGAUAAGAAAAGUUUGCUUGAAAUAUCUAGUUUGUCUUGUGUUACCAGCACCAAGAUUAAUGCAACAUCAAACUGGCAUGUUUUAAAUCAAGAUUUGAUCCUCAGUUCUUCGCGAGGCUCUAAUUCCAGUAAAGAAAGUAACAAUUCAACCACAGAAUGGCAGAUCAAGGAUUCUAAAGAUAUUCCUCAAUUUCCAAAAGUGCCAGACUGCCAGCAUCCUGGAUGGAAGGUCACAGAUGGCUCCAAUCAGACAGACUCUAGAAAAGGUCUUAAGCAUGUAGCAGAAACAUUUAAGGAGUCAUUGGAAGAUGUCAAGGUUCAUGAUACUGUUUCAGAUGUGAGAUCGGACCAUAACUACCAGAUAUCUUCAAAAUCUUCAUCUGAAAAAGACAAUCUUAUCUCUUCGUCAAAUGCAGAUUCUUCAGAAGGUAGUAAGAAACAUAAAAAGAAGAAACGUAAGCAUGACAAAGAACAUGAGGAGAAUAAACAUCAGGAAUCUGUCAGCAGUUCUGACAUGGAAUCACAACGUAAAAAACAUAAAAAGAAAAAACAUAAACAUAAGAAAGACAGAGAGGAGGAAGAAGUAAGUGAAAAAAAGAGGAAAAGACAUAGGGAUGACGAAGACAGAAAACAUAACCAUGACGACAGUAAGAAAAAGAAACUUGAUACAGAGUCAGACGAUAGUACAGAACUUGUCUGGGUAGAGAAAACAAAGGACUCCUUGACCAGUAAAACAAUAGACUCUUUGACCACUAAAACAAGUGAGAGUGCUCCUGUACAGUCUUGGGACCAUCAUGUAAAAGAUGGAUAUAAGAGACAGAAGAAUGGAUCUCACAGUAAACCAACCUGGGAUGGUAGUAAAAACUCCUCUGUAGCUGAGACUUUAGAAAAAACUGCAUCACUGCAUAGCUUUGGUCCCUCAGUUUUAUCUUGGGAUGGAGGAAAGAGCAACUUAGACAGAGAAGUAGAGAAGGAUAAAGAGAGAAAGAGGCAUUGGUCAGAUGAUGAUUAUGAUGAUGAAAUAGACACAGGAAAGGUUAAAAAGGUGAAGCAACAUUACUCGGACACAACUUUACAAGGAUCCAAUGUAUUUACAUAUGUCCAGAAUGAAAAGAAUAAAGAUAAGCAUUUUGGUGGAAACCAUGGCAUUGGUCAGUCUCAUUCUUACCACAAUCAUCAACAUCAUAACUCAGGUCACAAAGGUCAUCACAACAGUUACCGUGGAAACAAUGGUCAUAGAAACUACAGGAAUCACAACUCUGGCCAGAAGUAUUAAAGUGCUGCUGAAGAAUCAUCAGGGAACCAGUCUACAACCAGACAGCUAUAUCCAUGUUUUGUGUGAAAUCAGGUCACAUGAUUUUUGUCCAUGUUGAUCUCAAUGCCAUUUCAUUUUGUGUAAAAGUCGCAGUUAUGAAGAUGUGUGUAUAAUCGAAACAAUUGUGCAACUUAUGCUAUAAUACAUGCAUUUAUAUGCGAACUUAUAUAUUUUUAACAAAAUUCUCGCAGCUUUUUUUUCA